AUGGCAAGUGACAGCGUCGACGAUAUCAAUGUCGGCGUUGCACUCAGUACCGCUCUACUUCUCCCAGGUGACCUGGAGCGGAACGCCGAAUAUAGUGAGUAUGAGAACUAUGCCUUAAUGUUGCAGCACUCUGUACAGCACUCUCCUCCGUCGAACCCAUUCUCAUCCUCACCGGCGAACCCAUCCUCACCAACGGCGAACUCCACCGCUCCAGUCUCUAUGCUUCGUGAACUCCACCGCGAUGACCACCAUCGGUUGAGCAAAGAUCUCUUCAACACGAACCAGUUGCAUUUUGAUAUCGAUAUGGAACCUGAGAAUGAUUGUGAUUGGAAGCCAAAACAGGGAAUGACAUUUGAUUCUGAACAAUGUACGUAUGAUUUUUAUAAUACAUAUGGAGGAAGAAUGAGGUUUAACAUAAGAAGGGAUUAUUGUAGGAAGGACAAGUUCACUAAUCAACUUAUUUGUAGACUUUUGGUUUGCAACAAGGAGGGAUUUCGAAAGGUUGACAAGCGAGACCCAUUGUCAAAAAAUCCUAGAGCUGAAAGUAGGACUGGUUGUGAGGCUCGACUUUAUAUUAAAUUAGAUGAGGGUACUGGGAAAUUUGUUGUUACUGAUUUCAGAGAAAAACACAAGCAUGAUCUUGUAUCACCCGAGUGUGCUCACAUGUUGCCAUCACAAAGAAAAAUAUCGACUACCCAAGCAAUUCAGUUAGAUUUGGCGGCACAAUCUGGUCUUCGUUUUGGCCAGUCUUUUGAACUCAUGGGUAGGGAAGCUGGUGGAAGGCAAUGUCUUGGGUUUACGAAAUUAGAUUCUAAAAAUUAUUUGAGAACCAAAAGACAACAAAGUUUAGCAUAUGGGGAAGUAGGCAAUGUGUUGCAAUACUUUAAAGAAAAAUCUUUGCAGAAUCCUUCAUUCUUUUAUGCUUUUCAAUUAGAUAAUGACGAGCAAAUAACCAAUAUGUUUUGGGCCGAUGCACAAAUGAUCAUGGAUUAUGCCCAAUUUUGUGAUGUUGUCACAUUUGAUAUGACUUACAAGUUAAACGAAGAACAUAGACCCUUCGCAUCUUUUAUGGGAUUCAAUCAUCAUAGGGAAACAGUUAUAUUUGGUGCAGCAUUGUUGUAUGAUGAGACCGCCGAAUCGUUUGUAUGGUUGUUUGAAAAUUUUCUAGAGGCUAUGUCAAGAAAGGCACCAAAAACUUUGUUCACCGAUCAAGAUGCUGCAAUGGCUAAAGCCAUACCCAUCGCUAUGCCUGACACAAGUCACCGAUUGUGUACUUGGCAUUUGAUGCAAAAUGCAUUAAAACAUGUUAACUGUUUGUUCCAAGAUAAGGGGGUGAAGAGUGUACUAAAUAAAUUCUUCUUUCACAUUGAAGAUGCAAAUCAAUGGAAGUUAGAGUGGGCGGAAAUGCUUGAUAAAUAUGAUGCGAAUGAAAACCAUUGGUUGAAAUUGACUUUUGCGGUGAAAGAAAAAUGGGGCUGGCCUUACGUUAGAUCAACAUGGGAUGCGGGAAUGAGUACCAC